AAAUAAUUAUCUCUUCAGGAUAUUAUUAAUAAUUAAAUGAAUGUAAAGUUUUAUUUAGUAAAAAUAAAGACUUGCCAUUUCUUGACUUUACCCUUUUAAAAGAAAAUGUCGAAGGUUAAAUGAUCUUUAGGUAUACUCGUACAAGUUACCUUACUAUGUUUGUAUUCCGGUAAUGGAAAUUUUCUUCGGAUUAUUCUGAUCUAAUCUCGCGUAAAAAGGAUUUGAGAGAGAGAAAAACAAAGAAAGAAAAGAAAGUGUAAAAGAAAGUGAAAAAGGGAAAGUUAAAUAAGGUGUGUAAAGGUGUGAUAAUUUGUUGAUGAUUACUUAGAACACUGAAAAUAUUUCAAUGACUACAACAACUAUGACACGUUCGCUUCGUGAUUAUUUUUUCAUCGAUCCUGAUAUAUUAAACGGAAGUUCAACGACAAUGUCAAUGACAACUACACCUUCUACGACACCGUUCGUUGGCAGAAUCAUGACGACAACAACAACAACAACAACUCCAACGAUUCCUACUUUUGCUUACGAUCAAAAUGCGAUUGUAACCAAUAUACUAUGGGAUUUAUAUGAUAGUUUCAAUGAUGUACAACCAAAUUAUUUAUUAAUUACUCUUUAUGUACCUAUCAUCGCAUUGGCUGUCACAGCAAAUGCACUUGUCAUCGCCGUUGUCUUCAAAUAUCACUAUAUGAGAAACGUAACUAAUUAUUUCGUGGUGAAUCUAUCAGUUGCUGAUCUAUUGGUGACUAUGAUUUGUAUGCCAGUCGCGGUUACUCAAGCUGUGUCACUUGUUUGGAUUUAUGGUGAAGUUAUGUGUAAAUUAUCCUCAUAUUUACAAGGAGUGGCCGUUGCUGCCUCGGUGUACACUAUUACUGCAAUGAGUAUCGAUAGGUAUCUUGCUAUACGAAGUCCUAUAGCUUUCCGACGAGUAUUCAAUCGAAAGAGUACGGUAGUCGUUAUCGUUAUCUUAUGGCUAAUAGCUUUGAGUAUUUUCGUACCUAUAUUACAAGGAAUGACUCUUCAAAGUCCUGGAACAGAAGUUGUUAAUAUUACUCUUCAUGGUUCUUGGGCGUUGAAAGAAAAUUUUUCACGCAACGAUACUCGGGCUACCCGAUUGCCACCAGCAUUUUACAUAUGCUCGGAAGAUUUGAAUCAACUUGGUAUCGAUGCAGAUUUAUUCGGUACCGCCUGCUUUAUCUUAGUUUAUGCUAUACCUGGUUUUGUUGUGAUAUUGGCUUAUUCGAUGAUGGGUCGAACCCUUUGUGCCAGGAAACCACCGUUUGACUGUGACAGUGUUAAGGGUAGUGCUAGCUCGCAACAAAAUUUUCGUCUGGUACGUGAGAGAAGACGAAUCGCUUGGAUAUUGCUGCUUCUCGCAGUACUUUUCGCCCUUUGCUGGCUCCCUUAUAAUGUCCUUAGAUUGCUCGUUGAUCUGAAAGUAGUCGAUAAAGGCAAGUCAGUGAGUGAUGCCCUGUCCUAUUGUCUAUUCGUAGGACACGCGAAUAGUGCACUCAACCCUGUCGUUUAUUGUUUUAUGACGCGUAACUUUCGAAGAAGUGUUGCAGAUAUUCUUCGUCGUAGAUCACGUGGAUUGACUCGUCGUAAGCCACGUCAUAAAGAUAUUCAUCGAGGUAUGGGUGAUGCAUGUGGCGGAUGCAGUAUGGUCGGUGAAACCAAACGAGGUUUUCUACGUCAAAGAAGAAUGUUACCUAUUUGUUGUAUCCCUAUGGGAGCUGAUGAAACAGCUACAAGUAGUGGCUAUAAUAGUUUUUAUAGUAAGCAAAGUCUUCAUCGUCGGUGUUACAUGUUGAGAAGUCUUCGGGGUACACCACAAAUGCAAAUAGAAGCAAAACCAGUUGACGUUAUUGGAGACAGACAUCCGAGUUAUAACAAGAAUGAUGCUGAGGCCAGUCAACCACAACAAUCUACUCUCGUUACUAUGGAUGAUCGACGCUGUACUUAAUUAUUCAGAUGUUUUACUCGAAUGUUUCAUGGUAUUGCUGACGAAGAAAAAAGAAAGGAAACAGAGAAGCCAUAAAGGGGAUCCACUUUGCGACAUGAUAAGAGGUCUCAGAAGGUUUCUAGUAUGUACGAGAGGGUUCGAUCGUUGAGAUAGAACAUUACCUCGUCUUGUAUAUACGUGAAGAAAAUGACUUCUCUUUCGGGACAAACGAAAACAA